CAAGCAUUGAGCUAUACUAGUCUGACACAAACAGAGGCUACAAAGUGCAAUCUAAUUAGUCUGAUAUCAUCUGUAAGCUCUUAAAGACUAUAGAAGCGUCAACCCCUUGAUGCUUUAUUUGAAAGCUCACUCUGUCUAACAGAAAUGGCCGUAAUGGAAUACUCCUUACAUGUUUUCUUCAUGUCCUGAGAAACUCGUUUGAUGAUUCUUUCCAUCAUGCUUCAGCACUGGACCACAGUAAAUGCUGUGCUUUGGGCUAUUCUGUAUUCAUUCACAGAAAAUGUCAGAGGAUCACCAUGUGCUAAGGUAAACAGUUCAUCAAAGAUGGUUCCUUUUGGCUCAGCAGUCACUGCUUCCUGCAUCAUCAGUGAAGAGUGUUCACUCACAAAACAACAGGAUUUCCAUAUAAAGUGGAACAAAAAUGCACAUUUUUUCUCCAGUAGUAAAGGCACUCAGAAGAAUGUAUAUGAAAUCUUCAUAUCCAACUUUAAUGACACAAAAGCUGUACUGGAAUGUUUUAUCUGCUCAGAUGACAAUUGCCAAGUGGUUGGUGCCGUGGAGAUCAAAGCUGUGUAUCCUCCAUCCAUCCCUAAGAACUUGACUUGCCUAUUAAAUCUUAAUGAACCUUAUACUCUGAUGUGCAUGUGGGACCCUGGUAAAAAAUCUUCAGACGUUCCAACAAAUUACACCCUGUACACAGAAUUCAGUGAUUCACCAAAUUCAUUACAAAGGUGCACCUACUUUCCAUCACCUGAGGAGAAUAACUACAGGGUUCCACGUGGUGGCUUCACUUUGUUUAGUGAGAUGCAAGUUUAUGUGGUAGCAUCAAAUUUCCUUGGCCAGGCCAAGUCUGCCAUCCUAGUGCUGGAUCCUAUGAAAACAGCUAAGCUGGAUGCUCCAUUGAUUCAAGCGGUUGGAACACAAACAUUUGGAUGCCUUGAGUACAAAUGGGGUCUUGCGCAUACUCAGAAGUGGAUAAGAAAUUCCAUAAAUAUAGAGAUCAAAUAUAAACCUGUGAAUAAUGAGUUUUUCAACAAAGAGCAGAUUAUUCGGAAACCCGAUAAAAAAGUUAGGUUGUGUGGUCUGCUUCAUGGCAUGAGCUACAAAUCACAGAUGAGGGUAAGAUAUCAUAACAGCAGCUCAUGGAGUGAGUGGAGUAAUGCUAUAGUGGCUACUACACCCAUGAAAGCCCCCAACGGCCAGCUAGUCACAUGGCUAAAGCUACAGAGGGCGGAAAGUAAAAAUCAGCCAGCACAGCUGUUCUGGAAGCAAUCUUUGCAGUUUCGUCCGAACAGCAUGAAUGUGUCUUACAUUGUAUCACUAACGAAAGAACCCAGAAAAAAGAAGGACAUUUUGUGUGUCACAGCUCAGCAACACUGCUCUUUUCAAAUCCAUGCAAAGUUCAAGAAGGUCUACCUGAUAGCCAUGAAUGAAGCAGGGAAAUCCAACCCUACUGAGGUGCCAGUCUACAGAGAAAGAGGAAUGCAUCCUGUCCCUUUGGUGACAAUAGUUCCACAAUCUGAAGACUCUUUAUUAGUCGAAUGGAAAAUCCUGGAUACCUCAGCCAUUAGUGCAAGUGUGUUGGAGUGGAAAGCACUAUGUGGGGAAAAUUUAUGUCAUGUCUCUUUUGAAAUUGUGGACAGAAAUCAGACCAGCUUUGUAAUAUCAGGCCUCAAGCCUUACAUGCCUUAUGAAGUUUCUGUGUACCCGGGUGGUAUUGACUCGCCCAACAGCACUAUCGCAUACACAAAAGAAAAAGCCCCCUCCAUAUCUCCAAACCUAAAAAUUGGUCAGAUCACACCUUCCUCUGUUGCACUUUCCUGGAAUGAAAUUCCAUUGAAGGAGAGAAAUGGAAUUAUAACUGGCUAUAGCAUUCACUACAGUGAUCAUAAAAGCAAUCUAAGUGUUAUAGACACUGAGGGGACAAAGAGAGAGUUGGUACUAAAAUAUCUCUAUCCAGGCACCAACUAUGAAAUCCUUCUCAUCACUAGAACACAUGGUGGCAAACAGAUUGGGUCCAAUGUCACAGUCACUACUGCAUCUUUUGAUGCCUUUGAGAUAGUUCUGAUUGUAAUUCCAGCUUGUGUCGGAUUGACACUUUUCUUCUUUGGAGUGUUUACCUGUUUUGUCAAACAAAAAUGGAUGAAGAAGUAUGUGUGGCCAGUGAUACCAGACCCUGCCAACAGCAAUAUUAAGAAGUGGACAACAGCUGAUUCUGUGGAAUGCAUACCCCGCUUUAAAGAAGUCAAGGACCCUGCGUUGGUGUAUCUCUCCCACGUUAGUCUUUUGAGUCUGCCUGAAAAAGAAUUGUCAAAAGAAGAUGAAAAUAUUAAGAGCAGCAAUUGGCCACAUAUUGACAAAAUCGUUGAUGCCAGCCACGAUGUUUUAUCCCGUAAUUCUAAAGGCUUUGACUCCGAGCAGCAGAAUGAGUCUGUGCCAUACGCUACGGUUGUCUUUGCUGGGCCAUAUCAACGCCAGCCUGUCCCUCCACCAGUCUACCUGCGCUCAGAGUCCACGCAACCCCUACUAGGGGAAGAAGAACCUUCUAGUCCUCGUCCAUAUGAGAAAAUUACAACCCAGCCCAGUCUUCCUGAUGUAGACCACUUUUCACCAUUUCACAAGAAUUUAAGUGUGGGAGAAGAAAAAAAAUCACUUCUGGUGGAUUUCCCUAUGCUCAGGUCUUUGGAAAUUAAUUAACUCAAUUUGUGCAUUCAAACACAGCCAAAAACGAGCUAAGGUAAAAUACAGUGACUUUAUUUUGCAAUUAUUUUUGUAGUAGUGACAUCUAGAGUUUAUUACAUAUAUUACAGUGGUCAGUAGCCUAAUAUCCCUAUUUCUUAGCAACUAGAAAAUAAAAUAAACCUAUUAACAUAGUAAUAUAUGUUAGUAAUAUGUACAUAAGGACAGUGCUAAGUAAGAUUUGUUUAUGAUGCCAAAUUGCAGCAAAAGACUACCUCUGUUAUUGUUAAAGAAUUUUCACUUUUUGCAAUUUUGCAAUUAAAUCAGUCCAGGCACUGACCUACUGUGUAAAGUGUGAUCUAAUUAUUCAAUAAUUAAAAUUAAUUUUGAGUUAAGCACAAAUGUGUCUGUCCACUGUGACAUGUUGUGAAAUGGAAGAAUAUUUUUUUUUUUUCGUUUAAUUGGCCACCUCCAUUUUCUUGUGGAGCAAUUUUUUGUCACUCUAUAUUCUAUACAAAAACCUCUUAAAUAUGUAAUCUAGUCAAUCAUACAUUUACAUUUAAAAUUUAGGCAUUUGGCAGACGCUCUUAUCCAGAGCGACUUACAAAAAGUGCUCGACAAAAUCUUGACAUUCACUGGUGCCAAAUAAAUAGUGAGGUAGAAUGCACAGUUUUAAUUGACCUUGAAAAAUCAAAAUUUGAUGACUAAUUAUAGGAUUCAUAAUAGAAUAUUUUAUAAUUGAUGGAUAUUAAAUAAUAUAUUUUAUAACUGAAGGUACUUUAAGUAAUAGCAUGCUUUUAGUUGCUACAGCUGUAACAUAGUUAAUCAUUUUGAAAAUAUUUUCUAGUUUUUUUUUUAGGCUUGUUGUCUUUGACUUAGUCGAUUUACUUUCACUACUAUGGUUAGUUGCUACAGCUGUAACAUAGUUAAUCAUUUUGAAAAUAUUUUCUAGUUUUUUUUUUUAGGCUUGUUGUCUUUGACUUAGUCGAUUUACUUUCACUACUAUGGUUAGUUGCUACAGCUGUAACAUAGUUAAUCAUUUUGAAAAUAUUUUCUAGUUUUUUUUUUAGGCUUGUUGUCUUUGACUUAGUCGAUUUACUUUCACUACUAUGGUUAGUUGCUACAGCUGUAACAUAGUUAAUCAUUUUGAAAAUAUUUUCUAGUUUUUUUUUUAGGCUUGUUGUCUUUGACUUAGUCGAUUUACUUUCACUACUAUGGUUAGUUGCUACAGCUGUAACAUAGUUAAUCAUUUUGAAAAUAUUUUCUAGUUUUCUUUUUAGGCUUGUUGUCUUUGACUUAGUCGAUUUACUUUCACUACUAUGGUUAUUGCUCUUACUUCAAAGCAACUUACAAUAUUACCCAGGACAAUAUUGGUAAUUUGGCAGGUUCUCAAACCUUAAACAGUAUACCAAAGUCUUAACCACUGAGCUACCUCUGCCAAACAACAAAUGCAGUCUAUUUGAUUGAUUGUCAUCAGUAUCUUAUUAUAAAUAAUAUUUUCCUGAAUGUAUGGAGUAACAUUUGGUGCUUAUCAGGGCUCUGUUUUAGGGCCGUUUCUGAUUUCAGUUUACAUUUGGCAGAUACCUUCUGCAGUUAUGGUAUGAAUUUCCCUCACUAUGCUAACAUAUACAAUUACUGUAUGUUUUUGUUAUACCAGAUGACUGUAUUGAAAAUGCUAGGGUAAUUGUUUUUCAUUUGAUUCAUUUUGUAUUAUUAAUAUUAAGAAGACAAAAACUUCCUAAUAACAGAUGGUUUACCAUCCUAAUAUUUAAGUAUGUAAUAAUUAUUCUUUCUUAUUAAUUUCCUAGUAUUCAUUAUUACUUUGGGAAAAGGUGUAUUUCUGUAUUUGAAAUGUAUUUUCUUUACGUUAGGAGCUGUCCUAUUCUCCAAGCGGGCCCACAGACAGUAAUUUAGCCCCUAUCGCUAAGUUUGAAAGGUUCAAGGCAUUUUUUCUUUUGACUGAUGGUGAAAGCAAGCUGUAUUAAAGCAGCUCGUAAGCAUUACUUAAUUACUCCUGUACUUUGAUGAGGAUUAAUCUAACACCCCUGCAGGAAGUAAAGCAGUGUAGAGGAUUUUUUUGGAAUUUUGUUCCUUGAUUUAUUUCAUUUACCUCUGAGUUUUACCAUGGUUUAAAUUAGUCUUAAUUUAGCAUUUCUUAUUUUUCAUCUUUUUAACUUUCUUUUUAGUUUUUGUCUGUUGAUGUACUGAUAUUAUGUAAUUGUAUCAUGUGAUACAUAACUACUACAAGGGCUGCAUAUAUACAACUAAGCUGGGAGUUCAUAUUGGUUAAGCUUAGAUUGUUCUGAGUUUGGAGAGUUUAAAAUGGUUUAUGGAUUCUUUUGGGCAGUUAUCAAUAUUUCUUAUACUCAAUAAAUAAAAAAAUGAACCCAAGGUUUUGUCUAUUUAAAAUCAGUCUCUUGACCAGCCUAGUCACACAACCUCUAAAGAUGUACCGGUACCAUACUCUCCUAGACAUGAAGAUUUAGGUGUUUAAGAAGAAAAGAUUUACUUUUCUAUAAAUUUCGCCAUGUUCAGAUAUUUGAACAUUAAGGACAUUUUAGUAAGAUCUAGCUUUUUCUUAUAAAAAAAAAAACUCAAUGUGAGCUAAUAAAAUCUUAAAAUUGUUGACUUACCUUUAAAUAUCAGUACCUGUAUUCAUUUUGAUCAAUUAAAAAUGUUCCUAUAUUGGGA